AUGUGCACACACCACCCUAUCAUCAUCAUCAUUGUCAUCUGUCCACAGGCCUUCGUCGUCCUGGCUGUGGCCGCCGCCAGCUGUACCGAGAAGCAGAAGAAGCCGGAGAAGAGGGGCCUGCUCGGUCUGGGCUACGGAGCCUACCCGGGGCUCAGUCUGGGGCUGGCCGCCGACCCCACCCUGUCGCACGCCCCCACAUUCACCCUCUCCCACGCCCCCACACUCUCCGUUUCACACGCCCCCACAAUCACCGUCUCCCACGCUCCGGUCACCAGCUCUAGCCCCUCCAUCUCCCACGCGCCAACGCUGAGUGUGUCCGCUCCGACCGUAGCGCACGCGCCGUCUGUGGCCGUGGCCACCCCUGCCGUCGCCCAUGCCCCCACUGUCUCGGUGGCCACCCCUGCUGUGUCUCACGGACCUCUCACCACCAUCUCACAGCUGGGUGCCGCCGUCAGAAUAUUUUAA